AGUAUACAAUUGAAUGAACCACCGUUAAAAGAUACAGUUCAACUCUAGAUAACUGUUUCUUCAGUGUCUCACAGGCUUUCAUGGUGAAUCUGAAUUAUUUUUACAGAUCACAGCUGUACAAACAGCACAGUGUUCACUCCGUCCAGCCUGGUGGUGAAGCACGGCGACCCGACCUCUGCCAUCUGCUCUCUGUGCCCGUCGUGCCCAGAGGACAUUUUCAAUUUGGAAAGAUCUGUUGGAUCCCACGUGAACAAUGGAAGCACAAUUACAUGGACGGUUGACAAAAUGAUGGAGUGGGAAACGACUCCAUUGUGUUACUAUACUAACACUGAUGGUCACCAGUGUUGCACUCCGCUGAACGUUACCGUGUACAAGCCUCCAGACCUGGUCUCCGUCAGCUUUAUGAAUCACUCCGGGCCGUUGUUCUUGUCCCGUGACUACACUCUGCAGUGCGAGGUGCAGAACGUGGCUCCGGUCAGAAGUGUCCACGUGACCUUCUUCAGAGGUCAGACAGAACUGGGCCAGAAACAGUCCUUGAGUAAACCACAGAAGGAACCAGUGACUGAGGUCUUCACUCUGAGCAUCUCCACCACUAAAGAAGAUCAUGGAGCUCAGUACUGGUGUCAAGCAAAGCUGGAGCUGGGACCUGAUGGACCACAGACCCCUCCGAUGGUUGUGUCGAAAAAUGUGACCGCUACUGUCUACUAUAAGCCUCAGCAGCUGGCGCCAUCACGUCCAGAUGUGAUCACCCUCACAAAAGGAGAUCCUCUAGAGCUGGACUGCACGGCCGUGGGGAACCCCAGCCCCUCGUACACCUGGACAUCCCUGCCAGACGGCGUCCCCCCGUCCAACAGCAGCGUCCUCACUAUCCAGUCUGUGGCUUCUGGGCAUGAGGGGCAGUACAUCUGCUCUGUCAGCAACGACGUGGGCACAAACACUGUGACGUUCAGGGUGGCUGUCAAACCCGACAUCAUCCCGUACAUAGUAGUUGCUGCUGUUGUGGCUAUCGCCGGAUUGAUAGCAGUAGCCAUCUAUUUCUACAAACAAGGCCGGAUGGGACAGUACAACCUGAAGGAUGUUUUCUGUUUUCACAAACAACACGAGGCCGUACCCACUGUAGAGUGAGUCUGUGGGAAGGUGUGACAAGUGUGUGGAGAAGUUGUUUUGUGAUACGCUGCAGAGUUGGCUUCGGACUCGUGGCCUGAGUUACAUCUGACCUUAUCUGAUGACAUAAAAUGCCCCAAAUGAGUUUAUUUUAAAAAGUUCAGUAAUUUGAACACAGUCCUUUUACCAAAUAUUACAAAAUGACACCAUGUUGUGUAAUCGAGCUCUCGUGGUGCAUUUUAACAAACAAAAUCGUAACUAAUUUCUUCCACAUACAAACUUGUGUGGUCUCCGAGGCCUCUGAGGACAGUUGCCUGCUUGCUUGCACAGCCUGGAGUCUGCGGAGCCCGUCUGGUGACAUCUGGGAAAAAAAUAUUGCUUUGCCAUGAGUUAUAAAGUCUUGGGAACGAGUUAUGAAUCUGUUCUUUAAUAACAAAACCUGGCGAAACUGAACAACAUGAGGUUGCAUCAUGUGUUCAAGAGAAACGUUUCAUCAUCCAAGAGGCUUCCACGCUCCAAGUUUGCAAAAACAGAUUCAUAACUUGUGGCCAGGACUUAUUAUGUUAAAUUUUUCCCCCCAAAUGUCACCAGAGGGGUCGGUUCAGAUAAUAGUUAAUUAUUUUUGAUACUCCGACUGAUGUACAACCUUGAGUCGGUUUAUCUGAUGCUGCUUUUGUAGCUUCUGUGGUCACUUCUGCGUUUAACUGUCAUUUCAGUGGUUUAGAGCAACAUCCUGCCUCAUGUUAAUACAUUUGCUUGUAGAUUCAUGUGCAUUUUUAAUUGUUGUUGUAAAACCAGUUUCAACUGCAGUUUCAAGAAGGAUUAUAUGUUUCAUUAAUAGUGAAUGUAGAGUGUGGAAAGACGAUUUUAGCUUCUGUAAGUAAAUUAAAACGGUUCAGAUUGUUUGAUAAUGAGAUAAAUGUGAGACCCAAAAGUGAAAGUAAUGUGGUGGGAAAAUUCUACUGACCAGGUGUCUCACUGCUGUGACCUUGACAAACAGGGAGUUUGCUACAGCGGACGGACAGACACAGAUGAUCUCAUGUCUUUCAUGUCUUUUUUCAUCUUAUGUUUUAUGAAACGCCUCUUU